AUGGUAGAUAUAUCGAAUCCACAAAGCCGGAAGUGGAAAUCAAUGGAGGGCCUGCCGAUUCCAAGGGAGGAUCUAGAAGAACUCUUAGGUCACUUAGAGGCGAGAAACAUCAACCCCAGAAGAGGGGAAGAUUCUCUCAUUUGGGAGCCUUCCAAAACAGGACAGUAUAACUCAAAGGAUGGAUACAAAAUUCUGACAAGUUCACAAGAAUGGGUUAUGAAGGACCUUCAAGAUGUAUACUUUGCAAAGCCCAAUCGGAGCAAUCCUGGCCCCUUCGGAAUAGGCUAUGUUAUCAGAGAUCAAACAGGAGCAAUCAUCAGGAAAAUGGUAAAACCAAUCCCUCCAGACACCAAUAACAUAGCAGAUUUUACCGCUCUACUAUUAGGCUUGAAAGACUGCAUCAACCAUGACAUCAAAAAUGUUUCAGUGGAAGGAGACUCAGAGAUAGCAGUUAAUGCUAUAAGGAAGAAGAUAAUCCCCAAUUGGAGGCUUCAAGCUCUAUUGGAAAGAAUACUAGAAAACCUGAACAGUCUUGAACACUUCGAGGCAAAACAUAUUUAUAGAGAAGCAAAUGAAGAGGCAGAUGCCUUAUCAAAAGUUGCAUCUCAAGGCACUUUUGUUCAGUGGUGGUCUCAGGGCUUUUAA